AUGGGGACUAAAGAGCCAUCUCAACACAACACAACCUUACCUGUAGGUGCAAAGGAGAAACAGGAUGACAGAGGCAAAGCAAUGCAGAAUAUCAUUGAACUUAACUUCACCAGCUUCCCAACUUUGACCCCUAUCCCAAUGAAGAAUAUAUUUGAAGUUGUAUCAACAAGUAGAUAUGAGGAUCAAAUACCACAUGGGGAUAGAGGUGGAAAUACCAUAGUGCCUUUCAGUUUCUUUAACAUAUGGACAGAACAUGAUGACUUCACUCAAUUAGUUACUAGCAUACGAAGUUCACAUAGUCCACAGGGUAGUUUGAAAUCAGUUUGGGCAAGAUUGAAAGAUCUGAAUCUUGCUUUGAAAUCUCUGAAUUCUAAGGAAUUCAGUGGCAUAACUCAUAAAAUUGAGAAGGCUAGAAUUGAGCUAAGUGACAUACAAGGAAAAAUUUCACAAGGUUGCACUGAUACUUUACUUAAUAUGGAGAAAAAAGUCAUACUAAACCUUGAGAAGUGGUCUUUAAUUGAAGAAAGUGUCCUUCAACAGAAAGCUAUAGCAAAGUGGAUACAACCGGGAGAUUCAAACUCUAAGUACUUCACCGCAGUGAUGAAGGAUAGAAGUCAAGAGAAGCAAAUCAUAAAAACUACAACUUUGCUAGGAGACAAGCUGACUGACCUUGAUGCUAUCAAAAGAGAGAUUGUUGAUUUCUACAAAAGUUUAAUGGGAACAACUGCAACUACUUUGCCUGCCAUCAAUAGAAUAUACAUGAAGCAUGGGCCUACACUAUCUUACCAACAAAGGGUUGAUCUAUACACAGAAAUCAUAGAUGUUGUAAAAGAGUUCUUCACAAUUGGGAAGCUCUAUAAGGCCAUAAACUGCACUACUAUUACAUUGGUGCCAAAAGUGAAUAAACCUACCACAGUCAAAGAGUACAUACUAAUAGCCUGUUGUUCGAUCCUCUACAAGAUGAUCUCUAAAAUCUUGGCCUCCAGAUUACAGAAAGUCAUGCCUUACACCAUUUGUGAGGCUCAUGCAAGCUUCAUUCAUAGUAGAAAGAUUACUGAUAAUGUCAUUCUAGCUCAUGAGCUAGUUAAAUCCUACACAAAUGCUCAGAUUUCUCCUAUAUGUAUGAUAAAGAUUGAUCUUCAAAAAGAUUAUGACUUAGUGGAAUGGAUCUUCUUACAACAAGUUAUAAAGGAGAUUAGAUUUACUGACAGGUUUAUCAGAUGGAUAAUGGAAUUGACAGAAUACCUGAGUAGAUCACUGCAUGAACUUAAGAAGGAGCCUGACUUCCAAUAUCAUCCCAGAUGUAGGAAGCUUGGUAUCACUCAUAUGAGUUUUGCUGAGAACCUUCUGUUAUUUGCUAAGGGUAAUCUAUCUUUUGUGGCUACACUUUACAAAUGCUUUACUCGAUUCUCUCAGGCAUCAUGCUUUCAUGCUAAUCUAGGAAAAAGUUCAGUAUAUUUUGGUGGUGUAAAACAAGUUGUGAAGGACCAGAUAUUGGCACACCUAGGAUUUACAAGCGGAUCCUUACCCUUCAAGUACCUAGACAUCCCUUUGUCUACAAAGAAAAUAGCUCUUAUAGAGUGGCAACCAUUGAUUGAAAAGAUCACAUCCAAGAUUUCUUCCUCGACAACUAAAAAGUUAUCUAAUGCUGGUCGUGUACAGCUGGUCCAAUUUGUAAUAUUUUGUAUACAAGCAUAUUGA